AAACACGGGGCUGAUUAGAGCAGCGGGGGCGGCAGACUCUCGCUUAGGCGAAACUUUAAGAAAGAGCCGCGCGAGGGCGUUCUCGAAGCGUUUUCGCGGUUAUUAAACAGAGCGGCGGCAGAGAUGACGAUGGCCAGCAACAUCGUGGUGGAGUGGCUGCGUUCCCUCCACCUGGGUCAAUACUCGGAAUCGUUCAUCGACAACGGUUACGACGACCUUGAGAUCUGCAAGCAGAUCGGCGAUCCCGAUCUCGACGCGAUCGGGGUCUUCAACCAGACCCAUCGCGCUCGGUUGCUGCAAUCGGUGAAGACUCUCCGGGAAGAGGGCGCCGCGAGCGUUUACUUCACGCUGGAGGAGAGCAACGACUGUCUCUGCGACAAUGUCAGCUCCAAGUCCUCCAGGACGUCCUCCGAGAGACCACCCAGCGAUAAAGAGGCACAGAGGGCAUCGCCAACCGCCAGUUCUUCCAGCGGCGGUCAGGAAUUAACCAAGUUCGCGGACGAGUACGAGGAGGGGAAGGCGGAACUCGUCAGAAUCCCGGGGAUGCAGCUCAGGAUGCUGCUGCAGGAGAAGCUCAGACACGACGGCAUCAGGCUCGCCUGCCAACCGUACACAACACCGGAAGGUGAGAGGGGUUACUUAGAGGGGCUCGCUUCAAGAUAUGCAGACCUCUUCAGAACACAUUACGGAGACGUCCUGGAGCCACUCGAGGAACUACGCCGCCGUGAAACAAAUGCUUCCCCCAGAAUGCCCAACACUCAACUCACCACCAGUCAUUCACAGCCCAUUUACGUGCCUGGAAAAUACUCGCCCUCGAGCUGUCUGAGCGACAAAGAAGAGGACGAAAUCUAUGGCUUUGGAUACGGAGUAUUCAGUAGACAAAUGCUUCAACACCGACAACAGAAACUCGCUCUCGCCGCACAAAAUACUACGAUAGCACCUGGUGGACAUCAGCAGCCUUAUCAAAGUUGCCUAAGUCCGAGAUCAGCGUUCUUCUACGAGUUUCCACCUAACGAACAAGGACAAAAUACGAACAAGAAGAAAACCACGUUUUCGAGACUGCUUCGGGGAUUGAAAACGCAUCGGAAAGAAAAACAAGGUCAAACUCAGGGUUCCCCAAGACACGGUCGUGCCAGGAUGGGGGUGCCCCAAAGAGUAAGUUUUCAAGUGGACACGCCAGACAGCGUAUUGCAGAGCGGUUUGGGUUUAAGAAAAGAUAUGGGGAACACGAUUCUACGUUCUAUGGUAGAUCCCAAAGAUUACGACCGACUAAGAUGCCUGCAGAUGAACGGCAGUCAGCCGAACAGCUUCGAGGAGACUAUACACAGGCUCAAGGUUCAAGAGGAACUGAGAAAGAAGGAGAGAUUUCACCGGGAACACGAGGAGAUACUGAGGGACAUUCGGCAGGGGCUAAUGCAACUUGGACGGGACGGGCGAGGUCAGCUCCCUGGAGAUGACACGUACAUGUAUGACGAAGACGCACGGUGCGGGGGUGGAUUAGGUCCAGGCCCUGGAGGUCAACACUGGUACGACGAGCCCCCGUAUGAGUCAGACCCUGAAGAUUUCCUCAUGGGAGCAAGCGGCGGAGGUGUUCCAACUGCGACUAUUCAGAAUGGAAGAGUGUGCUUCACGCUGAAUUUGAGGCCAGAGAACAGAAGCGAGGGAGUGAUAUCGCUUCGGACAGCUGGAGACAUCAGUUUACCUCGAGAUCGUUCUAGGAAAGGAGCAAGUUCGACGAUGCGAGGACUUAUUGUACCGCAAGGUCACAAUAAUCCACCCACUAUCAUACCACUUACGCACUCGAGAGCCUCUCGAGAAAGCGGAGAUUACGCGAGUAGCGACGUUCAGAGCCGGAGUAGCGGCGAAGAAGGACUGUCGCCGAGCCAGAGCAGCGACUACGAGGAUCAAGAAGAACUUGAGAAUCAGCACUCCGCCACCGUACACACAUCCGAGGCUAGCGUGCUGCUCGAGGGCGAUGCUCGGGCAAGAAUCGCUGGACCAGCGAGAAACUUGCGGCACGACGUGCAGCGCAAGAUUUCGAGGCUCCGGCAGGAUCGAGCUUCCUCGGAAGCAUUUCCCUGCAGUGCCAGCAGCGUCGAGAGCCUGCCGAGUGGAAGCGGAUCCAGCACGCAAGCUCUUGUACGUGCAGGGAGCAAUCAUAGUUCGAUAUCCUGCGAGGACAGGGACGCCAUCAGCCCCACCGCCACGGGACCCGUGCUCUGCAGGGCCAGGGCGCUCGUCGAUUACACGCCAAGCCCUUACGACAAGGACGCCCUGAAAUUCAAGAAGGGAGACAUUAUCGACGUGGUGCAAAUGAACAAGAGCGGCCUGUGGAAGGGUAUCCUGCACAACAGGAUAGGCCACUUCAAGUUCAUAAACGUUGAGAUACUGAACGACAGGGUUCCAAGGCGCGGAGAACCCGAAGGCCGGGGGAAGUGGGGCCUGAGGUACAGACAGAAGCCCGGUUCCGUUCAAGAGCUCUUGCAGAGAAUGAAUCUUCAGGAACACAUUCCCGUAUUUGUCUUGAACGGGUACGAGGAUCUGGAACUCUUCCGAGAGAUAGAGCCCGCGGAUCUCGAUUAUCUACGCAUCCACCAGCCGGAGCAUCGCGCGAAGAUACUUACCGCCGUGCAACUGCUGCACGAUCUUCAAUCCGGAAGCGAGGGCGAUCUGGCGUCGAGCUCGGAGGGCGACGAGGUCAGCCGGCUGGUGUUAACCUCUGGCCAGACAUCCGGUCACUGUUCACCGUUUAAUCGCCGCCAGUUCCCGCGGGACUCCGGUUGCUAUGACGCUCACAAGAAUCCGACGAGCCGGCGGACCGUGAGCCCGGAAUCGACGGGCGCCAAGUUGUCGAGGGAGAACAAUCUGGACGUGACCACGACCACGAAGAAUGUCGGCGGCUCGAGCACCGAGGGCGGCAGCGCGUCCGACGGCAAGGACGACUUCCAUCCGAACAUCCCAAUCACCGGCUCUGUGGCCGGCCAGAAGGACGGCCACUUCGACAAGUCGCCGUUGCUGCGCAGCGGCAACAUACGGUACAUCGCGAAGAGAGGGAACUUCGGCGAGUCGGUGGUGAUCGAGGACGAGGGCGGCCAGAAGCUCGGCAACAUGGUGAAAUACGUGGUCGGCAGCAGCGACAUUGGCCUUGAGGGGACCGGAUCCGUCGCCGGUUUAGGACAGCGUGGCUGUGUCAGCGAGAAGUCCAGCGAUUCCGGUGUCAGCUCGUCCAGCAUCAGCUCGGCACCUCCGCCGAGGGACAAGGCUCUAGCCAGCGUGGCCUCGGACUCGCCCACCAAGAACUUCGGCAACUUCACCAAGUCGUCGCCCACCUCCCAGCCGACGAGCAGCAAAGGUCAAAACGGCGACGCUAAUUACCCGUGAUAAGCGACAGGGCUGCGAGACCAGAACCAUGAUUUAUCUUGCUUCGAUGCUGUAAGCUGGACGCGGGUAGCCUGGAACACCUAAAGCUUGCGAAACGUGUAGGAAAGUUCGUCUUUUCAAUGAAACCUGCGGGAGAGGCGAGGGAGUAGUAAUACGGAAUUUUUUUUUGUUUCUAUAGUUGACACUGAACGAUAUCUCUAUCGGUGAUUAUUAUUUAGUAGAUUUUAAGGUUCGUUUUGUGGUAAUUGGAGUAUUCUGAAUGCUGAUCCAGAACUGCUAAUGGCUAAUGACGUUCGACGCCAUCUUUCUAGCCUGUAUCGAGUAUUCUGAGCGAAUAACUCUUAGAUUAUUGAGAUCACUAUAAUUUCGACUUGUCGUUUUUGGUUAAUGUGAUCACUGGACUGCGGAUUUUCAUGCAUUUAUGACAAAGACGAGCGUGUGAAAUAUAAAACAGGAAAGGAAUUUGAAGAAUUCAAAACUGUUGAUACAUUCCUCUCAGUGUAUUCAAAUUAUUGAAGAAGAAAAGAGAGAUCCGCAGUUCAGUGAUCAUUUGCGUGAAAAGCUUUUCUUGUUAGCAAAUUGUUCAAGAAUAGAAAGACAACUUCUGGGGAAAAGGCUGCUACUCAGGCAUUUUGUAAGAUUCAGCUGCCAAACAAUUAAAGCAAAUUUUACAAUAUACAUAUAUAUAUACACAA